GCCCCCGCAGAGGACCGACUGCCCAGACUGCGGGUCCCGGGGCUCCCUGGGCGGGGCCGAUCCCAGGGAGCCCCCCUGACUGCCUCCCAGAGCAGGGUGGGGAAAGGGAUCUUAGCCCGCCGCCGCCUCCGAGCGGGCCGCCAGGAUUCCGGCGGCCUGAGAUGGGCGCCCGGCCUUCGCGGCGGCGGCUGCCCGCGGACCAGCCCAUAGCCUUGGACGCACUGCCCCCGGAGCUGCUCGUGCAGGUGCUGAGCCACGUGCCGCCGCGCGCAUUAGUGACGCGCUGCCGCGCAGUGUGCCGCGCCUGGCGCGACGUGGUGGACGGGCCCACCGUGUGGCUGCUGCAGCUAGCCCGCGACCGCAGCGCCGAGGGCCGCGCACUCUACGCUGUGGCCCAGCGUUGCCCGCCCAACAACGAGGACGAGGAGUUCCCGCUCUGCGCCCUGGCGCGUUACUGCCUGCGCGCACCCCUCGGCCGCAACCUCAUCUUCAACUCCUGCGGAGAGCAGGGCUUCAGAGGCUGGGAGGUGGAGCACGGCGGGAAUGGCUGGGCCGUGGAAAAGAACCUAACACUGGUGCCGGGGGCUCCUUCCCAGACCUGCUUCGUGACUUCUUUCCAAUGGUGCUUCAAGAGGCAGCUUGUGGACUUGGUGAUGGAGGGGGUGUGGCAGGAGCUGCUGGACAGCGCCCAGAUCGAGAUCUGUGUGGCCGACUGGUGGGGUGCCCGCGAGAACUGUGGCUGCAUCUACCGGCUCCGGGUCCGCCUCCUGGACGUGUACGAACACGAAGUGGUCAAGUUCUCGGCCUCCCCCAACCCGGUCCUUCAGUGGACUGAGAGAGGCUGCCGACAGGUGUCUCAUGUCUUCACCAACUUUGGCAAGGGCAUCCGAUACGUGUCUUUCGAGCAGUAUGGGAGGGACACGCGUUCCUGGGUAGGGCACUACGGCGCCCUCGUGACCCACUCCAGUGUGAGGGUCAGGGUCCGCCUGUCCUAGCCGACCAGCCUGAGCCAGCCUUCCAGAGUGUACUGCCGUCUGCCAGACAUCAUCAGUCAAAGACAGCUUUGCAGUCGGGAGCCAGAUGCCUGUGGACAGUGAGGGUCCCGUGUGGCCCAUUCCUGGCACACCUCCAGUGAACCCCACUUGCUGCUGCUUCAGCACGGUAUCACACAUGCUGUGCAAGAAACCAGGGAUCUAGGGCGCCUGGGUGGCUCAGUAGGUUGAGUGUCUGCCUCUUGAUCUCAGCUCAAGACGUGACCUCGU